CUCUCCCUCUCCUAUAUAUAAAGUGUUAGAAACAGAAAUAACAUACAUAAAAAUCCCAACAUCUCCUAAAAUCCCCCAAAACUUUUAAAAGAUUAACCAAAAACCCCAAAACAUAAAAAUGAGAAACAAUUUCGUCCCUAUAGUUUUCUCCUUCAUCACCUUCAUCAUCUUCUUGACUCCAUCAAUCGCAGAACAAGAACCUUCAAUUCUUUCUCCCGUCGAUCAUUUCCUAAACAAAACAAGCUCAUACCUCAAAUUUUCAACAAAAUUCAACCAACCAAAAAUCGAAUUAACAACAUCAACAAUCAUCGCCGGCUUACUAUCUUUCCUAGCUUCAUCAAUCUCAAGCGCUGGUGGAAUCGGCGGUGGAGGUUUAUACGUUCCGAUAAUGACAAUUGUGGCCGGUCUCGAUCUAAAAACAGCUUCAAGCUUCUCAGCUUUUAUGGUUACUGGUGGAUCUAUAGCUAACGUGGGAUGCAAUCUAUUCGUUAGAAACCCUAAAUCUGGUGGCAAAACCCUAAUCGAUUUCGAUUUAGCUCUUUUAUUGGAACCAUGUAUGCUUCUUGGAGUUAGUAUUGGUGUGAUCUGCAAUCUUGUUUUUCCGAACUGGUUGAUUACAUCUCUCUUCGCUGUGUUUCUUGCGUGGUCGACGUUGAAGACUUUUGGAAAUGGACUUUAUUAUUGGAGAUUGGAAUCGGAGAUGGUGAAGAUUAGAGAAUCGAAUCGAAUUGGAGAAGACGAUGAAGAAGAUAAGAUUGAGAGUCUGAAGUUGCCUCUCUUGGAGGAUUAUGAGAGACCAAAGAGGUUUCCAUGGAUUAAGCUUGGAGUUUUGGUCAUUAUUUGGCUUUCUUACUUCGCAGUUUAUCUUCUUCGUGGAAACAAAUAUGGCGAGGGAAUCAUAUCGAUCGAGCCAUGUGGAAACGCCUACUGGCUAAUUUCAUCGUCUCAAAUACCACUCACUCUCUUCUUCACUCUCUGGAUCUGCUUCAGUGACAAUGUUCAAAGCCAACAACCAUCAGAUUACAAUGUCUCAAUAAAGGAUGUAGAAGAUUUGAGAUCAAAUGAUGGAGCAAGGUCAAACAAGUGUAUGUUUCCUGUAAUGGCUCUUUUAGCUGGAGUUUUGGGUGGUGUUUUUGGUAUUGGAGGUGGAAUGCUCAUUAGUCCUCUUCUUCUUCAAGUCGGUAUCGCUCCCGAGGUAACUGCAGCGACAUGUUCUUUCAUGGUUCUGUUUUCAUCAACAAUGUCUGCGAUUCAGUACUUGUUACUAGGCAUGGAACAUACUGGAACCGCAAGUAUAUUCGCGGUUAUAUGUUUUGUGGCAUCACUCGUGGGACUAAAGGUGGUUCAAAAGGUAAUAACUGAGUACGGAAGGGCUUCGAUCAUCGUGUUCUCGGUUUGUAUCGUCAUGGCAUUGAGCAUUGUGUUGAUGACAAGCUAUGGGGCUCUUGAUGUUUGGAAUGAUUAUGUCGCUGGUCGUUACAUGGGUUUCAAGUUACCUUGUUGAGACCAAAAAACCAAAGUUUUGGUUUCUUGGGUUAAAAGUUUCAUAAUAGAUGUGUAUAUCAUAUCAUCAUGUUGUUGCUUUUUCAUCCAUUUGGUCAUUUAGAGUUAAUAAGCUUUCUAUUUCUUUAUUUUGUAUGAUUUUUAAAUCACUAUUCAGAAUGCACAUCUCGUGCAUUCGAAUAUAUGGUCAAAUAAAAUUUAUGUUGUGGACAUAAA